AUGUCUGGGUCCGUCAGUCCACAGGUGGACGUUGGUGCUCUCAGUAUUCGCGGCUUAUCCACUUUUGGCCCUCUGUUGGCCGCUCUUUCUGCAGACAACGUUGCACCAACCGCGGCGAUCCAGUUGGAGCAGCUUGGUGCAAUGUUCCUCAUUAGCGGCAAGCAUGCCGCUGAAAUACCUGAUCAUUUGCAGCGAUGUUCUUCUAUUCCUAUCGGCCGCUUAGCCUUGUCUGUUGGAUGGCGUAAAGGAGAUACCGCGUCCGCGAUGGCAUCCUCCGCAGGUGGCCAAGCAGUAGCUUUGCUCUCUUUGUGCUUAUUCAACCUUUACAAGGAUUCUCACGCUGGAGAGAUUCUCUUUGGGCUAAGUCAAAGGGUACUACCCGCCGCCCUUAGCAUCUCUAGUGUUGCUCAGCUGGUAGACGUUGGCAAGCUCCUUCGCGCUAAAUUAGACAUAUUGGGAUUCGGCAAUGAAUUAGCAUGGCAGGUCGUGAGACUUCACAACGCCUAUGAACAGCAAGGCUUGGGUGUUCCAGACAACCUUUUGGAUCUUAUGAGUGUAGAAUCGAUGAUUGAUUUGUUGGAAAAUAUGUCUAUAGCUCUUCGUGAUGACACAAAACUUGUGCGAAUUACCGGCACUUAUGGUCUUGGCCAAGUUCUUGGACUUACGCUGACCAUGUUCCCUCAAGAUACAUUAGUAACCGUUAAUGGAAUAGUGAUUUUUGAGGGCUCGGGGAAGGCCAUUGUGUUAGAGUUCGGCACAGGCACCAAAAAUGCUGGUACCUCUCAAUGUGUACUUGAGUCACGAUCAAAUGGAGUUACCCCUCUUCAAUCUAUCCAAUUUGGAACAGGCCCCGAGCUUGACUUCCCGGCAUUUACAUAUACCUGGAUAAAUUGGGUGAAAGACCACCUGCAGCUAACCUUUUUGAAAUUGGGUGUGACCUGUUCUACAAGCCUUCUCGCAGCAUGUGCCGAGAUCUCGAUUGCCAUUGCGGCAUCUCCAGAGCUGACUGAUAGAUCUCCGGUUAACAGAACUAUAUUACCUACUGGCCCAAUUUUGGACCCUAUAGACUAUUCGAAGCAAGAGUAG